ACGGCUGUGCUGUGGUCGGUGUACCGGGAUCGCCAGGGCCUGGCAGGGGCGGGGCGGCCUUAUCAUCUGGUUCUGCGACAAACGCUUCCAGCUCCAGAGCAAGGAGCCCCACCAUCCUCUCGCCAUGGGCUCUGGGCCGCGCGGGGCGCUCAGCCUAUUGCUCCUGCUGCUCGCGCCACCGAGCCGCUCGGCAGCAGGUUGCCCCGCGCCAUGUCACUGCGCCGGGACCCGCGUGGACUGCGGGCGCCGCGGGCUGACGUGGGCCUCGCUGCCGGCCUCUUUCCCACCGGACACAACCGAACUGGUGCUGACGGGCAACAACCUGACAGCGCUGCCACUGGGGCUGCUGGACAGGCUGCCCAUGCUGCGCGCGGCGCACCUGGGCUCCAACCCCUGGCGCUGCGACUGCCGCCUGGUGCCACUGCGGGCCUGGCUGGCUGGUCGUCCGGAACGCGUGCUCUAUCGUGACCUGCGGUGCGCCGCGCCCCCAUCGCUGCGCGGCCGCCUACUGCCCUACCUGACCGAGGAAGAGCUUCGUGCCGCCUGCCCGCCUGGCGUACUCUGCCAGGCGUCGCUGGCGGCACAGCUGGUGCUGCUCGGCCUCGGGCUGCUGCACGCGCUGCUGCUGGUGCUGCUGCUGUGCCGCCUGCGGAGGCUGCGCGCUCGCGCCACGCAUCGCCGGUCGCUGACCGCCCCGCUGGUGGCGGAGCCAGCUGGAGACAGCGAGUCCUGAGAGGAGCGGACUGGCGCUGAGCAAGGUGGGCCUGCCAGCCCCACAGGACCCUGGCCCAAGGAGCCCUCGCCCGAACCCGGAUCCGUUCUCUUCCACUCAGGCACCAUUUCCCAGGCCCGCCACCCCCUGCAGGUCCUGGUCCUCAGAGGCCCAGAUGCUGCAAGCCCACCACGAUCGCGGCAAGCCCACACCCUGGAUGCUUAGGCAGAUCCAGGGGACCAACAGCAGCCCAGACCCUGUGAGGCCCCUCGUGCCAAACUCCAGUGCAGAAUAAACCCUUC